AUGCAUGCAAUUAGACUUGACCAACUCAACCAGCUAAGAACAAUCUUUGCCCGGUUCGACAUGGACUCCGACGGCAGCCUCACGAUCCUUGAGCUGGCGGCGCUGCUCCGCUCCCUCGGGCUCAAGCCGUCGGGGGACCAAGUCCAAGCGCUGCUGUCCAACGUCGACGCAAACGGCAAUGGCGCGGUGGAGUUCGAGGAGCUUGUCAAUGCCAUAUUGCCCGACAUGAAGGAGGAGAUAUUGGUGAACCAAGAGCAGCUUCUCGAGGUGUUCCGGUCGUUCGACAGGGACGGAAACGGCUACAUCACGGCGGCAGAGCUGGCGGGGGCGAUGGCGAAGAUGGGGCAGCCGCUGACGUACAGGGAGCUGACGGAGAUGAUCAGGGAGGCUGACGUGGAUGGAGAUGGCGCUAUUAGCUUCAAUGAGUUUGCAACUGUUAUGGCAAGAUCUGCCUCGGAUUUUCUAGGCCUUGCUUUGUCAUGACUAAAAACAAGUUGAUGAAUAUAUAUUCCUUUUUGUGUGAAUGUAAAUU